AUGACCAAGGACGUCGCGUACAAGGAGGCGGUCAAGGCAGGCAAGCCCAUCCUGUGGGAGCAAUGGAGUGGCAUGAUGGCCCGCGGCAAGCCAUCUACACUCAUCAUGUCACGCCUUAGCCCAGCCUUGACGGUGCGGAGAGCUCCGGGGCCGGGGGCAAUCCGCAAAAUUGACUGGGCCCCGUUAGCCAAGAAGCACUUGCAGGGCCGCCAUGUCAUCCUGCAUACGGACUCGGCAAAGUCCUACAAGGCCAAGGUGGAUGGCGUGCACCAUGACUCAGUUGUCCACUGCAAGAAGCUGAUCACACUCAAGAAUGGGAAAAAGAAAUGGAGCUCCCCGCAAUACGUGCGAUAUGAGUACUGGAUGCGGGGCCAAGAUCUCUGGAUCAAAACUGGAGAUCUGGUGAAGGAUGCAAUGGCUCCUUUUGAUGAGGCCGAGGGAGAAGCUGAAGACGAAAAGGUGGAGGACGAGCAGAUGCAGGCAGACACGCCCGCACAGGAGAAGCCUGUUGAAACCAAGAAGGAGAAGCGGCGCAAGCGCCGGGAGGCGAAGGAAGCGGCGGCCAAGGCAAAGGCGGAGACGGCGGCGCGGCGCGCCAAAGACGGCUUCGGGGAGGGGGACGGCGACCGCAUGGACAGCGACCCCGACAGGAGCGAGGAGUCCAGCGAGGAGCAGAUGGAGAGCUACUUCGACCUGGUGAAGCGGUUCACCACCAAGAAGACCUUGCCCGUGGUGGACCAUGACAAGAUCGAGUACAAGCCCUUUCGCAAGAACUUGUAUGUCCAGGUGAAGGAGAUCACCAACAUGAAGGACCAUGAGGUGGAGGACCUGCGCCGGACCCAGGGCGAAAUCACCGUCCGGGGCAAGCGAUGCCCGCAUCCUGUGAAGAGCUUCCUACAGUGCGGCCUUCCGGAGAAGAUCAUGAAAAUCCUGGAGAAGCGGGACUAUGAGAAGCCCUUCCCCAUCCAGAUGCAGGCGAUGCCUGCGCUGAUGUGCGGAAGAGAUGUCAUAGGUGUGGCUCAGACCGGCUCGGGCAAGACGCUGGCCUACCUGCUGCCUUUGAUCAGGCACAUCCUGGACCAGGCGCCGCUGGCCAACGGGGACGGGCCCGUGGGCUUCGUGGUGGCCCCGACCCGCGAGCUGGCGCUGCAGAUUCAGCGGGAGGCCAAUGUCUUCUGCAAGGCGGGGAACCUGACCAGCGUCUGCGCCUACGGCGGGGGUUUGUUGGGCGAGCAGCUCUCGGCCUUGAAGAAAGGAGCUGAGCUGUUGGUCGGCACACCUGGGCGCCUCAUUGACGUGCUCACUACGUCUGGGGGCAAGAUCACCAACCUCCGGCGGGUGACUUUCCUGGUGCUUGACGAGGCGGACCGGAUGUUCGACAUGGGCUUCGAGCCACAGAUCGGGAUGUUCCUGCAGAGCACCCGGCCCGACAAACAGGUGGCGAUGUUCAGUGCCACGCUGCCGGCCCACGUGGAGGCUCUAGCGCGCAAGGUGCUGAAGAAGCCGCUGGAGAUCUCGGUUGGAGAGCGCAACGCCGCCGCGGCCAACGUGACCCAAUUUGUAGAGGUCUUGGACGAGAGCCAGAAGUUCUAUCGCCUUUUGCAGCUCCUCGGGGAGUGGCACGAGCAUGGUGCUAUCAUGAUCUUCGUGCACCAGCAGAAGGACGUGGACGAGAUGUUCACGGAGCUUUUGAAGUACGGCUAUCCUCCUCUCACGCUGCACGGCGGCCAGGACCAGCAGGACCGAGACUUCACGCUCCAAGACUUCAAGGACGGCAUCUCCAACAUCCUCAUCGCCACCUCCGUGGCCGCCCGAGGGAUCGACGUGAAGAACGUGAUCCUGGUGGUGAACUUCAAGGUGCCGGACCACCUGGAGGAUUACAUCCACCGAGUGGGCCGCACGGGGCGCGCGGGCAAGCCCGGCUUCGCCUACACUUUCAUCCAGCCGGACGAGGGCGACAAAGCACAGGACAUGGUGGACGCCAUGCGCCAGUGCAACCAAGAGAUCCCCGCCAAGCUCAAGGCACUCGCGGAGGAGCAUCAGACGGCCGUGAACACUGGCAAGGCUCAGAAGCGAAAGCGCUGGGGCGGUUUCGGCGGCAAAAGCUUCUCCUAUGAGAACAGCGAGAAGAGCAGGCAGCAGCAAGACCGCCAGCAGGCCAAGAGCGAGCUCUUGAUCGGGGACUGGGAGGAGCUUUGGGAGACGGGUCUGUGGGAGGAGGACAACUUCAAAGAUCCCUGGCUGGAGCCGGACAAGCCCGCGAAGGGGAAGGGCAAGGGCAAGGGCAAGAAGGACGCGGACACCUCGGGGUCCCAGUCCUCCUCGAACCCCGCAGACACGGUGGCAGCUGCUGCCCAGGUCGCCGCGAAGAUGCAGGUACGGAAUUCGGAUUCCUUUGAUUGA